GAUGGUGGAAAACGUGUUAUUGUGGAGUGUCUGUGGAAAUGUGUCCGAGUUGAGCUCGAGAAACGUCGUACGCCGCGCUGCGUGAACGAUCCUCCAAACAGCCAGCAUGGUUUGGAUGAGCCGGGUAGUUUACAGGAAGUACGGAAACUUCGUGGACAACCUGCGCCUCUACGUGAAGGGGGGCAGCGGGGGCAUGGGGCUGCCCCGCCUAGGGGGGCAGGGGGGCAAGGGCGGGGAUGUCUGGGUCGUGACCAAGGAGGCCGUCACUCUCAAGAAGGUCAAGGACAAACACCCCCAGAAACGGAUCCUGGCCGGAGCCGGCGUAAAUAGCAGCGUCCGAGCUCUGAAAGGAGACAAGGGAGAGGACCAGCUGAUCUUCGCCCCCCCUGGCAUCGUGGUCACCAGCGAUGACCAGAAGGUGCUGGGUGAGCUGAACGGCGUCGGGGAGAAGGUCCUGGUGGCCCGCGGAGGACACGGCGGCACCUUCCACACGGGCUACCUGCCCAGCAGGGGUCAAGCUCGCCACAUCCGGUUGGACCUGAAGCUGAUCGCGGACGUGGGCCUGGUGGGGUUCCCAAACGCAGGCAAAUCUUCUCUGCUGACCAAACUGUCCCACGCCAAGCCCCACAUCGCCAGCUAUCCCUUCACAACCCUGAGACCAGAACUCGGGAAGAUCGUGUAUCCCGACUACAGACAGAUCUCCAUGGCCGACCUCCCGGGGCUCAUCGAAGGAGCGCACGUGAACAAAGGCAUGGGACACAAGUUCCUCAAACACGUGGAGAGGACGAGGCAGCUCGUGUUCGUGGUCGAUGUCUGUGGUUUCCAGCUGUCCCCAAAAACACCGUUCAGGUCAGCGUUCGAGACGGUGCAGCUCUUAAUUAAGGAGUUGGAGCUGUACAACGAGGAGCUGCUGUCAAAGCCCGCCCUCCUCGUGGUGAACAAAAUGGAUCUUACCGACACCGAGCUGAAGCUGAAGGAGCUUCUGGGGCAGCUGCAGGACCCCGAAGGUUUUUACCACACUCUGCCAAAGGACAUGGUCCCGAGGCACAGUGUAACAUUCAAGGACGUGCUUCCUGUGUCGGCGGCUACCGGCCUCGGGGUCGAGGAACUCAAGACUUGUAUCCGGCACACGCUGGAGCAGGAGGCUGCCAUGGAGAGCAAGGAGCUGUGCAGGGAACGCCUGCAAGCACUGAGGGUGGCAGCACAGCCCCCUAAACUCAGAGACCCCCCAGUGUGCGCUGACACGCUCGGUCUGACCAGAAACUCGACUAGUUAGGUCUGGUCCAACUGGCAGCACUGAGACAGACACUGAUCACCCUGUUGUAAAGUGAGAUGUUGUUUAACCCUUGAGAACUGUACCGAGAGUGUAAAUGGCGUAAUGUGACAUUCUACCCGAGUAACAUGUUAGCAUUUGUAAAUAAAGGAUUUAAUCAGGAAUGUGCUCCUUUUAAUUUUCGUGGGGGAGCAGAAAAAAAAGAGUGUGUGAAGUGCAAAGAGGGGAACCCUCAUGAUGGGUGGAAUGGCCUACUUGUGAACUGAGCUUCAGCUUACAUUUCAGUGACAGUGUAUCUCUUUUUCUCCAGGUUUCUUAGACUUUGCUGCUAUUUCAUGAGAAAGGAAAGGAAAUCCAGACCAGUUUC